GAUUUUCGUUUUCAGCCUUUUAACGAUGUACUAACAACUAUUCUUGUACAAAACUAAUUUAACUAUUUUUGCAGGCAAAAUGUCGCAAUACCGCGCACAAUUGUUAAAUCUUGCCUCGACAAAUGGUUCCCACAAGGACAUCUCGGAGAAGUUUCGUGAAAUUCUGGAUAAUAUUCUUAACCUAGGGGAGGAUGAACUUGUUGAGGGACUAAAGGCGUUCAUUGAAGCGAUUGUAAACGAGAAUGUAUCUCUGGUGAUAUCAAGGCAACUACUUACAGAGAUUUGCACGAUUCUGGUAAAAUUGGAGGAUUGUGUAUCAAAGGCUGUAUCCCACUAUACAUUAGAUAUUGUAGCUCCCAGGGUCAUCUCAUUUGAAGAUCAGGUUGGUUCUAUCCGUCAGCAUCUUGCAGAUAUAUUUGAGAGAGAACAAAACUGGAAACAAGCUGCUCAAACACUGGUUGGAAUCCCCCUUGAGACUGGUCAGAAACAGUACAGUGUAGAUUAUAAACUGGAGACAUACCUCAAGAUAUCCAGGUUGUAUUUAGAGGAUGAGGAUCAUGUCCAAGGAGAGAUUUUUAUAAACAGAGCAGCAUCUCUUCAAAACCAAACUAAAAACGAAGAACUUCUCAUUGUUUAUAAGGUGUGUCAAGGACGAGUUCUGGACUAUAAAAGGAAGUUUAUUGAAGCUGCUUCAAGAUAUAACGAACUAUCCUAUAAAACUGCAAUCCAUGACAGUGAGCGUAUGACGGCUUUGAGAAAUGCUGCUAUUUGUACUAUUCUCGCCGCUGCAGGACAGCAGAGAAGCCGUAUGCUGGCAACACUAUACAAGGAUGAGAGGGUACAACAGUUGUCUUGUUUCAAUAUUCUGGAGAAGAUGUACCUGGACCGACUUAUCAAAAGAACUGAGUUGGUUGAGUUUGAUGCAAUGCUUCAGACUCAUCAGAAAGCAACGAUGUCUGAUGGUUCAACUAUACUUGAGCAUGCUGUUAUAGAACAUAAUCUACUUGCAGCAUCUAAACUUUACAAUAACAUCACAUUCAGCGGUCUAGGAGCUCUUCUAGAGAUCCCACCGGAGAAGGCUGAGAGGAUUGCAAGUAAAAUGAUCACUGAGGAGAGACUGGUGGGACACAUUGAUCAGAUAGAUUCUACCCUGCACUUCGAAACCAGGGAGAUACUUGAGUCCUGGGACAAACAGAUUCAAUCAUUGUGUUUCCAGGUGAACAAUGUGCUGGAUAAGAUUGGAGCUGUGGAACCGGAGUGGGUCGAUAAAACUUUAGAAUCUCUGAUGGUCUCAUAAAAACAACUCCAAUCAUCCUGUUUGAGAACCAGAAUCCUUCAUUGAAACUAAACCAUCAGCCUGUGGCAAAAUGCGGGAAAACUUGCCUUAAAUUCGAUGUAUUUGAAAAUCCGUGAAAUGAAUGUUAAAAUAUUUCAGAAA